GUCUUUAUGGGUAUUCAUGUAAUUAGCUAAGAGAUCGUUUAUAUAGUUAGUCAGUUACAGAUGUUCCCACCAAAAUCAUCACUCAACCCAGUCGAGAGAAAACGAAAAACAGAGAGACUAUCGUUGACGAUGAUGAUGAUGAUCACGACGCAAUACGCUUUCGGGAUUCUCUUGAUCUUUUCCAUGGCUUCAUCCUCCACGAUUCCAUCUCUAGGAGGUCCAGGAAUCGGAACCAACUACGGACGAUACAGCUCAAAUCUCGGAGAGAUCGGAAUCAACUACGGCCGUUACGGCUCAAACCUUCCACCACCAGAAGCACUACCAUCACUCGUAACCUCUCUCUCCAUCAAACACGUCAAAACCUUCGACAUGGAUCCAAGAAUCACCACCUCCUUCGCCAACACUGGCAUCUCCCUCUCCCUCUGCAUCCCCAACGACAAGAUCCCGAUCCUCUCCACCAACCUCUCCGAAGCUGACUCCAUCAUCAGAACCUUCAUCUUACCUUACCACAAAACCACCAUCAUCACCUCAAUCUCCGUCGGCAACGAAGUCUCGCUCCUCCCUCAGUUCACCCCACACUUAGUCUCCGCUGUAGUCAACGUUCACCGAGCAAUCAAACGGUACCGAUUGCACAAGAAGAUCAAAGUGACAACCACACACUCCUUAGCGAUCCUCUCGCGGCGUUUCCCUCCGUCGACGGCUAGGUUCCAUAACUCGAUCGGCGAAUCGGUGUUGAAGCCGCUCGUUAGGUUUCUGCAGAGGACGAAGUCUCCUCUCAUGGUGAAUGUCUACCCUUACUUGGCGUACAAGCAGUCGUUCCCUUCGAUUCCGUUAGAUUUCGCUUUGUUUCAGCCGGUGAACGGAUCUAAGCGGCGGAUGUAUAGAGAUCCGUACAGUGGAGUUGCGUACACUAACCUGUUCGAUAUAAUGAUGGAUUCGGUGGACUCUGCUGUGAAGGCUCUGGGGUUACCGAAGAUUCCGGUGGUUGUGUCGGAGAUCGGUUGGCCGUCGAGUGGUGAUCCCGGCGAAGUGGCGGCGAGUUUGGAGAACGCUAGGGUUUUUAAUCAGCGGUUGGUUGAGCAUUUGAGGAGAGGGGAGAAGAAGGUUACUGUGUAUAUCUUUGCUCUGUUUGAUGAAGAUCAGAAGACUGGUGCCACCGUGGAGAAGCAUUGGGGGUUGCUGUAUGGUAACGGAUCGAGGAAGUAUGAUCUGAAUAUCUCGCCGCCGGUUUGAAGUUUGAGCGUCGCGAAGGAGAAAGAAGAUUGUUUUGUAUAUGGGCCUUUAUUUUUUAUGGGCCGUUGAUCGACAUAUUAGCUAACCGGGUCUUUUGUAAACCAUAAAUAGAUAUAAAAUUUUGGAAAUAA